UUGGAAAUAACGCACAUAGAACAAACCUCAAGGUCAUCAUCGGAAACAGACAUUCCAGAUGAGUAAUGUGUUGACUCGUGGCCGCCUUUCACACUCGUUUUCGAACUCUGACCAAGAUGCUUUCGAAAAUGCAAUUAUUCGAGUCGGCAUAGAUUUCCAAGCUGACCUUCCGCCUUUCAAUGGUGAACCACCUCCAAGCGUUUUGAAUCAACCAGAUCGGGGAGUUGCUUUAUGGCUUCCAAUACCUGGAAGCUUCCAUAAUCAGUUGGAGGAAUUCUUGAAUACAGCUACUGAAAAAUAUGGUUAUUCAGAAGAACAAGCGCUUGCUUUACUUACAUGGCAUAAAAUUGAUUUUGAUCAUGCCUUAGCAGAUUUAUGCAAUUUUAGUCCAAUCAAAUAUGAAUGGACAAUAUCUGAACGAAAAAUAUUUUUUAUAUCUAUCGACUAUUAUAAUAAACAAUUUCAUCAAAUAAAAAAACUUUUUCCUAAUCGUACUGUCAAUGAAUUAAUCCUAUUUUAUUAUCUGAAUAAACGCAAUCAACAAACAUUGCAUGAUAUGGGUUUAUUUGGACCUAAAUGGUCUAGUUUAUAUAAACGUGGUUAUUUAAUCCCAGGCAUUUUACCACCACCGGAUAAUGUCCCUGUAAAGACAUUGACCAAUAAUCAUAAAAAAUAUACUAUCGAUUUAGAUAUGAAUGAUCCGGUCGAUGCAGAAAUCAAACGUUAUUUUGAUACUUUGUAUGGUUGUGUAUUGCCGGAAUCGGAAGAAUCAAAUCAAGACACCGAACCUGGUGGUGGUGGUGCAUCAAGUAUGCAAUCGGAUUCUGAGGCAGAAGUGCGUACACCAUCUUCUUCCGCAAUAGCAGCCAAUAUUGAAGGGAGUGAACAAGUAUUAGACUAUGAACAGAGUAAAGUAAGAAAAGAUUCCAACGGACCUGGUCGUAGACGUCGAAAACAACAUGGUGUUGGCGGUAAAAGUCGAUCUACCACUGCAGGAUUUAUUUUAUCCCAAUCAUCAUUAAAUUUAUUACCAGAUGAUUUUAAUCCAACAAAUCGUUUAUCUGUACGUAAACAUGCACGUUUUGAAGAAGAGAUUGCAGCUGUAACAUCAGCCGCUAUAACUUCUAAUAAUAGUAGUCAUUUACGUGAGAACAACAAAAUGUCAGCUGAAAUGCAUACCGGUAUUAAUCCUGGUGUACGUAAUUCCAGAAGAGGUAUUUUUUUUGCUGCAACACCACAUACCAUAAGACCAACAUUACCUUCUGGAGUGUAUCAUUCACAUAGACAAUUUCUUCGAGUAUGUCAUUACACAGCUGACCAAUAUAAUCAAGAAAUCGAUCAGUUGAAUAGUACAUUACAGACAUUAUGUAAACAAGUUGAUGAAGGGAAUAAGCUUGCUCAACGAGAAACUCAACUCCUGAAUGGUAUCACUUCGUUACGACCUCCUUCACUGCCUAUUGAUCCCUAUUGGAGUCCAGUGGAUAUACAACUUGCUUGUCAUGCUAUUGGUAAAUUAGGACGUGAUUAUAAAGGUAUCGCUGAGUGUUUAUUAAAUAAAACUCCAAGUAUGGUAGCUACAUUAAUAGAAAUGCAUGGACAACACUUGAAUUUGAAUCAAUUAGCAUCAAUGGCUCCAAUUAUCAUGCUUUAAUAACAUUUUCUCUACAUACAUUUAUAUAAAUACUUCAUUUAUAAAUAAUAAAAAAGAGAACGAGUUAUCCAGUUUCUGCAAAUGUUUUCCGUGUUUUGUUGUUGUUGUUGUCAUUCCAGAAUCUGGUUCUAAUUCCUCCCCCCCCUAGUAAUACAAUGAUUAGUGUAUAUUUUCUUUUUGACUUAAUGUAUUUUGUUAAUAACAUCGUUUCUUUUUGUGAAUAGAAUUCACCUUCCAUAGUUUCUCGCUGUUUUUUCUUCCUUUUUGGUUUUCGUUUAUAUUAUUCCAUCCAUAUCGUUUCAUCUUAUGACCUAUGUUGCUUGGUUUUAACACAUGCACACAUACGUACAUACUCACACAUAUACAUACAUACACAUAUGAACACAUAUACACUUACCGUACAUAUAUUCAUUGUUGAGUUUGUUCCCCUUGUUUACAUGUUUCCACAUUUUGUUGUCUGUUAUUUUUCUUCUAUUUUUGUUUUAGGUUUCUUUAAAUAAGUUUUAAAAAGGAUAAUGAGUUCGAUAGGGAUAAUUUUUAUAGAAAUUUUAAAGAAUAUUGUAUUUUUUUUGUGACAUCGA